ACAUUAAAACACACUAGCUCUUCACUCUCCACACAACCCCGCCCAAAUGGCCGCCUUCGCGCCGCCCUCUUCUUCUCUCCGCCUCCGCUUCCUCUCCUUCUACCCCAUCAGACCUCUCCUCCCCAACUCAAAACCUCCAACUCUCCCGCCUCUUCUCCCCCGCCCUUUCCCGCCCUCCUCCGCCCCUCCCCGCCGCUCCUUCUGCUCCGUCGUCGCCGCAGCUCUCCACUCCGGCGAGACCACCGCCGCUCCCCGAAUUUCGGAAACGUUGAAGGACAGAGUUGGCCAGUUCAGGAAGAAGCUCAAGGUCGCUGAUAUCAAGGGCGGCCCCGACCAAGGCCUCGACCGGCUCGGCCAGACUCUGGUGGUUACCGGCUGGGUUCGGACUCUUCGGGUCCAAAGCACCGUCACCUUCAUUGAGGUUAAUGACGGUUCAUGUCUCUCGAAUAUGCAAUGUGUAAUGGACUCCGAUGCCGAAGGCUAUGAUCAGGUAGAGUCUGGCUCAGUCACAACUGGUGCUUCGAUAUGGGUGCAAGGUGUUGUGGCUGCUAGCCAAGGAUCAAAGCAAAAAGUGGAAUUGAAGAUCAACAAAAUUGUGGUGGUUGGAAAGAGUGAUCCUUCUUUUCCCAUCCAAAAGAAAAGGGUCAGCAGAGAAUUUCUGAGAACGAAAGCUCAUCUCCGGCCAAGAACCAAUACUUUUGGUGCGGUUGCAAGAGUAAGAAAUGCUUUGGCUUAUGCUACUCACAACUUUUUCCAAGAAAAUGGAUUUGUGUGGGUCUCCAGUCCCAUUAUAACUGGUUCAGAUUGUGAAGGAGCAGGUGAACAAUUCUGUGUAACUACUCUGAUACCAAGCUCCAGAGAAGUCUCUGAUUCCCCUAUCAAUGGUAUACCAAAAAAGGAGGAUGGCCGAGUUGAUUGGUCACAAGAUUUCUUUGGGAAACCAGCAUUUUUAACUGUUUCUGGCCAACUCAAUGCUGAAACAUAUGCAACUGCUCUUUCUGAUGUUUAUACCUUUGGUCCCACAUUUAGGGCCGAAAAUUCCAACACAUCAAGGCACCUGGCUGAAUUCUGGAUGAUUGAGCCUGAACUUGCAUUUGCUGAUCUGAAUGAUGACAUGGCCUGUGCAACUGCCUAUCUCCAGUAUGUAGUGAGACAUGUGCUCGAUAAUUGCAAAGAAGACAUGGAUUUUUUCAAUACUUGGAUUGAGAAAGGAAUCAUCGAACGAUUGACUGAUGUAGCCGAGAAAGACUUUGUGCAGUUGACUUACACUGAUGCAGUUGAACUUCUUCUUAGAGCAAAGAAGAAAUUUGAAUUCCCAGUGAAGUGGGGAUGUGAUUUGCAGAGUGAGCAUGAGCGUUAUAUAACUGAAGAGGCAUUUAGUGGAUGCCCAGUUAUUGUCAGGGACUACCCAAAGGAGAUAAAGGCAUUCUACAUGCGACAAAAUGAUGAUGGAAAGACUGUAGCAGCUAUGGAUAUGUUGGUUCCCCGGGUUGGAGAGCUUAUUGGUGGAAGCCAGAGAGAAGAGAGGCUUGAAUAUUUAGAAGAUCGGUUGGAUGAAUUAAAGCUGAAUAAGGAGGCAUACUGGUGGUAUCUUGAUUUGCGUCGUUAUGGGUCAGUUCCUCAUGCGGGCUUUGGUCUGGGUUUCGAAAGGCUUGUACAAUUUGCAACUGGGAUGGAGAAUAUCAGAGAUGUGAUUCCUUUCCCUCGGACACCUGGUUCAUCAGAAUUUUGA